UUUAUUUUGAAAUGAAGCAGUAGACAGACAUGUUGGACAUGUUUCCGCAAGGGAUGUGUUGAUGUGGCUGGAUUCCAUAGUCUGCCGUUAAAGUUGUACUGUAAACAGUAUUCAUGGAUAACUCUGGUAAAGAAAAAGAGGCCAUGGCUCUCAUGGCAGAAGCCGAAAAGAAAGUGAAAUCCUCGCAGUCGUUCUUUGGCUCUCUGUUUGGGGGCUCUUCAAAGAUGGAGGAUGCUUGUGACUUGUAUGGAAGAGCUGCAAACAUGUUCAAGAUGGCCAAGAACUGGAGUGCUGCAGGAAAUGCUUUCUCCCAGGCGGCCCUCCUACACCUGCAGAUGCAGAGUAAACACGACGCUGCCACAAACUUCAUUGAUGCCGGCAAUGCCUUUAAAAAAUCAGACCCUCAAGAGGCCAUAAACUGCCUGAACAGGGCCAUUGAGAUCUAUACAGACAUGGGUCGAUUUACAAUCGCAGCGAAACACCACGUUACCAUUGCUGAAGUUUAUGAGACUGAACUGGUUGACAUUGACAAGGCCAUAGCUCACUAUGAACAGGCGGCAGACUAUUAUAAAGGCGAGGAGUCCACAAGUUCUGCCAACAAGUGCCUACUCAAAGUUGCCACCUACGCCGCUCAACUGGAGCGGUACCCUAAAGCCAUUGAGAUCUAUGAACAGGUUGCAACGCAUGCAAUGGACAGCACUCUGUUGAAAUACAGUGCAAAGGACUAUUUCUUUAAGGCAGCUCUCUGCCACUUCUGUGUGGACAUGCUUAAUGCUAAGCUUGCCCUCCAGAAGUAUGAGGAAAUGUUUCCAGCCUUUUCAGAUUCACGCGAAUGCAAAUUGGUGAAGAAACUUUUAGAUGCCUUUGAGGAACAGAAUGUGGAUGCAUAUACUGACGCUAACAUAGAUCGAUUAAUGGUACACGUCAUUACGUCCCCAUGCCACGCCGUCCGAAUUUCCAGAAUUUCACGUAUCAACAUAAAGUUCAUCUUCGUUAUGACGACGGCGGAUACAAAUUCUUCAGCAAAAGGCCUCCUCUGUACUUUCAUUCGGCAACAGUUCAUUCAUGCCAUUGCGACAAACUCCAGAGUUACUGGAUGAGAGAUGAGGUGAAGGAGUAUGACACUAUCUCACGGCUGGAUCAGUGGCUCACCACCAUGCUGCUUCGUAUCAAGAAAACCAUACAAGAAGAAGAAAGCGACCUUCGCUAAGAUCGUCCUCCUCAUCUCUGCCCUGUUCCACUCGCUCUGCCUCGUGCCUUUAACAUCGUGACUUCUGUACGAUGGUUGACUUACUCUUUUACCACCAGCUCAACUCUGUGCCUUAAUUUCCUUGCUUUACCUCAGACCUCUCUCUCUCUCUCUCUAUGAUACAACAUUGACAUGGCCGUAUUGCCAGACCACAAAGAACACUAAAUAAAGAAGGGCUGGUUGUUUAAAUGUGAUUUUAGGGAGUGUUACAUGAGAACUGAAACCAGCCACAUUAAUAUGGGGUGCUGUGCACACCAAGCUCCAGAAAUGCUUUGUCCUCUGGCUAAAAUGGAGCACCUGUAUCACUGAGCUCAAAAAAGCCUUUGUUCAUUUUGUUAACCUCUUUAAUUGCGGUAUAUAUAAUUUUAUUCCUAGCGGAAGUACCAUACCUUGCAUUUCUGCAUAUUUUUUGCUUGCUGAUUCCUGCAUAGACUUAUUUUGAAAAAAAAAAAAAAAAAAAGAUUAGAAAUGCUGUUCCAGUUUUUUUUUUUUUUUUUUUUUUUUUUUUUUGGACAUAAGGAGAAAAAAAAAAGUAAAAGAAGGACUGAUUCAACCUGUACAUUGUGAUUUUAUUUAUUCUCUAAAAAGGGAAGGACAAUUGCUGGCCUGUUCUUACCUUUCUUGUAAUGGGGUAAAACUGCUUUUAAUUUGUUGUUAAAGGUUAGAGUGAUUAAAGGUAUAUUAUUAACGUUUAAAAUAUUUACUUUCAUCUGUGCUUAAAUUGCCUCCCUGCUUAAAAUCUAAAGAUGUCCCUGGCUUCUAUUAUUAAGAGAGCUGCAUGUUUUUAAUGCACCUGUAUGCAAGGAAGUUUAGAGCACACAAUUUUUUUUUUUUUUUUUUUUUUUUUUUUUCUCUCCAUAGA